AUGGCGGCGGCCGGGCGGGCUCGGGGCUGGGCACCACGGGCCGCGCUGCCGCUGCUGCUGCCGCUGCUGCUGCCGCUGCCGCCCGCCGGGGGCGCGGCCGCUCGGGACCCCCCGGCCCCGGCUCGGCUCAGCCUGCACCCGCCCUACUUCAACCUGGCCGAGGCGGCGAGGAUUUGUGCCACCGCCACCUGCGGCGAGCGGGAGCCCGGCGGCGCGCGGCCCGGGCCCGAGCUCUACUGCAAGUUGGUGGGGGGGCCCACCGCCCCGAGCGGCGGCCACACCAUCCAGGGUCAGUUCUGUGACUAUUGCGAUUCUGAGGACCCCAGGAAAGCACACCCCAUCACCAAUGCGAUUGACGGAUCUGAACGUUGGUGGCAAAGCCCCCCUCUCUCCUCAGGCACGCGAUACAACAGGGUCAACGUCACCUUGGAUCUGGGUCAGCUUUUCCAGGUGGCCUAUGUUUUAAUUAAGUUUGCAAAUUCUCCUCGCCCUGAUCUUUGGGUCUUGGAAAGAUCUGUCGACUUUGGAAGCACCUACUCACCGUGGCAAUAUUUUGCUCAUUCUAAAGUAGACUGUUUGGAACAGUUUGGGCAGGAAGCAAAUAAGGCUAUUAUCCGAGACGAUGAUGUACUUUGUACUACUGAGUAUUCCCGGAUUGUGCCGUUGGAAAAUGGUGAGGUUGUGGUAUCCUUGAUAAAUGGUCGUCCAGGUGCAAAAAAUUUUACUUUCUCUCACACCCUGAGGGAGUUCACCAAGGCAACAAACAUCCGCCUGCGUUUUCUCCGAACCAGCACUCUUCUUGGACACCUCAUCUCCAAAGCACAGAGGGAUCCGACCGUCACUCGGCGGUAUUAUUACAGCAUAAAGGAUAUCAGCAUUGGUGGGCGGUGUGUUUGCAAUGGCCAUGCUGAAGUGUGCAAUGCAAACAAUCCUGAGAAACUGUUUCGGUGCGAAUGCCAGCACCACACCUGUGGGGAGACGUGUGAUCGCUGCUGUGCAGGGUACAAUCAGAGGCGCUGGCGGCCUGCCACAUGGGAGCAGAGCAAUGAGUGUGAAGCAUGCAACUGCCAUGGCCACGCCAUCGACUGUUACUAUGAUCCAGAAGUUGAGAGGCAGCAGGCAAGCUUGAAUGGCCAAGGCAUCUAUGCAGGUGGAGGGGUCUGCAUUGACUGUCAGCAUAACACAGCCGGUGUAAACUGUGAAGAGUGUGCUAAGGGCUAUUACCGCCCUGAUGGUGUUCCAGUUCAUGCCCCUGACGGCUGCAUCCCCUGCAGUUGUCACCCUGAGCACGCAGAGGACUGCGAGCAGGGCUCGGGCCGCUGCACCUGCAAGCCCAACUUUCGCGGAGACCACUGCGAGGAGUGUGCGGCCGGCUACCAUCACUUCCCGCUUUGCUCCAGAAUUCCCAUUUUCCCUAUUUCUACUCCAAGUCCAGAAGAUCCAGUAGCUGGAGAUAUAAAAGGCAAUCUCUUCUCCUUCGCAGGCUGUGACUGUAGCCUGGCAGGAGCUCUCCCUGAAGCAUGUGAUGCCCACGGGAGGUGCCUGUGCCGCCCCGGGGUGGGGGGCCCUCGGGGUGAGGCUAGCUGCUCGGGUUUCUGCUCCUUCCCCGUUUGCCAAGCCUGCCAGUGUUCAGCCCUUGGCUCCUACCAGACACCCUGCAGCCCAGUGACUGGACAGUGCGAGUGUCAGCCGGGGAUCACAGGACGGCGGUGUGACAGGUGUCUCUCAGGCGCCUCUGAUUUCCCCCACUGUCAAGGCUCCAGCAGUGUCUGUGACCCAGCCGGAACCCUGGACUCCAGUUUGGGGCAUUGCAGGUGCAAGCUUCACGUUGAAAGUCCCACUUGUAGCAUCUGCAAACCAUUAUAUUGGAAUCUGGCCAAAGAAAACCCCAGUGGAUGCUCAGAAUGCCGAUGCCAUGUGGCGGGAACCGUGAGCGGAAUUGGAGAGUGUGGACAGUUGGAUGGUGACUGUCACUGUAAGUCCCACGUCGGUGGUGAUUCCUGUGACACGUGUGAAGAUGGAUAUUUUGCUUUGGAAAAGAGCAAUUACUUUGGUUGUCAAGGGUGUCGGUGUGACCUUGGUGGAGCCGUCACCCCUGUGUGCAGCGGGCCCUCCGGAGUCUGCCAGUGCCGAGAGCACAUUACAGGGGAGGCCUGCCAGCGACCUGAAAACAACUAUUAUUUCCCGAAUUUGCAUCAUAUGAGGUAUGAGAUUGAAGACGGCACUACACCCAAUGCAAGAGCACUUCGGUUUGGAUUUGAUCCCCUGGAGUUUCCCGACUUCAGCUGGAGGGGGUAUGCGCAGAUGACCUCGGUACAGAAUGAGGUAAGGAUUGUGUUGAACGUGGGGAAGUCAAGUCUCUCCCUGUUUCGUGUUGUUCUGAGAUAUAUUAACCCUGGAGCUGAAGCAGUAUCCGGCCGUGUAACUAUUUAUCCAUCCUGGACUGAGGCAGGUGCUGCUCAAAGCAAAGAAAUCAUCUUCCAGCCGAGUAAGGAGCCGGCCUUUGUCACCGUACCCGGAAAUGGUUUUGCAGAUACAUUUUCAAUUGUACCAGGAACAUGGACCACUUGUAUUAAGGCAGAAGGAGUCCUCCUGGACUACCUGGUGCUACUCCCCAGGGACUACUAUGAGGCCCCCUCGCUGCAGCUGCCGGUCGCAGAGCCGUGUGCCGACGCAGGUCCUCCCCAGGAGAAUUGCUUGCUCUACCAGCAUUUGCCAGUGACCCGAUUCCCCUGUGCCCUGGCAUGUGAGGCCGGACACUUCCUGCUUGAUGGGGAGCCAAGACCCUUGGCAGUGAAGCAGCCCACCCCCGCACACCCAGUCAUGGCGGACCUCAGUGGAAGAGAGGUGGAGCUGCACCUGCGGCUGCGGGUCCCACGGGUCGGCCACUACGUGGUUGUGGUGGAGUAUGCUGCAGAAGCAGACCCGCUGUCUGAGGCCGACGUGCACGUGCGGGGCCCUGGGGCUGACCUGGCAGGCCGGGUGGACAUCUACAGCUGCAGAUACAGCGUCCUCUGCCGGAGCGCUGUGACCGAUGGCAGGAGUCGCCUUGCUGUCUAUGAGCUGUUAGCAGAUGCGGACGUUUGGCUCAAAGCACGGAUGGCCCGAUUCCUUCUGCAUCAAAUUUGUAUCAUACCCAUUGAAGAAUUCUCAAUGGAAUAUUUGAGGCCUCACAUCAGAUGCAUUGCCAGUUACGGGAUAUUUGCGAAUCAAAGUGCCACUUGUGUCUCCCUGGUCCCUGAAACUCCUCCAACAGCAUUAAUCUUGGAUGUCCCGAGUGGUGCGUCUUCCCCUCUCCUGCCCCAGGAUCCUUUACCUUCUGCUGAUACUGUUACUGGCGUCACCUUGAAGGCCCCGCAGAACCAAGUGACCCUGCGAGGACUCGUAUCACAUCCAGGAAGAUAUGUCAUUGUGGUCCAUUUUUAUCAACCAGUGCAUCCAACGUUCCCGGUACAGGUGUCUGUGGACAGAGGGCAGCUGCGGCCAGGUGUCUUCCGAGCCUCUUUUUGCCCCCAUGUGCUUGGUUGCCGGGACCAUGUGAUCACUGGAGAUCAGGUUGAGUUUGACAUCUCGGAGCCGGAGGUGGCUGUGACUGUGAAGGUUCCAGAAGGAAAGUCUUUAGUGCUGGUCCGUGUCCUAGUGGUGCCUGCAGAGAAUUACGACUACCAAAUCCUUCACAGAAAAUCAGUGGACAAGUCAUCUGAGUUUGUCACCAAUUGUGGAGGAGACAGUUUUUAUAUUGACCCCCAGAAAGCCUCUGGAUUCUGUAAGAAUUCUGCCAGGUCCCUGGUGGCCCUUUACCACGGAGGCGCACUGCCUUGCGCGUGCCACCCCGCCGGGGCCGCCGGCCCUCACUGCAGCCCAGAGGGCGGGCAGUGCUCGUGCCGGCCCCACGUCAUUGGGCGGCAGUGUACCCGCUGUCAGAUGGGCUACUAUGGAUUCCCGCACUGCAGGCCAUGCACCUGCGGCCGGCGCCUUUGCGAGGAGACGUCGGGGAAGUGCCUCUGCCCGCCCCGCACAGUCAGGCCCCAGUGUGACGUGUGUGAGACGCAUUCCUUCAGCUUCCACCCCCUGGCUGGCUGCGAAGGCUGCAACUGCUCUAGGACGGGCACCGACAGGGCUGCCACCCUGGAGUGCGACAGGGACCACGGGCAGUGCAGGUGCAAGCCCAGAAUCACAGGGCGGCAGUGUGACCGGUGUGCUUCCAGCUUCUACCACUUCCCUGACUGCCUCCCCUGCCGCUGCAACAGAGAUGGAACUGAGCCGGGAGUCUGUGACCCAGAGACCGGGGCUUGUCUCUGCAAGGAAAAUGUGGAAGGUACAGAAUGUAACAUGUGUCGAGAAGGAUCAUUCUACCUGGACCCAGCGAACCCCAAGGGUUGUACCAGCUGCUUUUGUUUUGGAGUCAGUCAUCACUGUCACAGCUCACAUAAGAGAAGAGCUAAGUUUGUGGAUAUGAUGGGCUGGCGCCUGGAGACAGCGGACAGAGUGGACAUCCCUGUCUCCUUCAACCCGGGCAGCAGCAGCGUCGUGGCCGACCUCCAGGAGCUGCCUUCAACGGUUCACAGCGCGUCCUGGGUCGCCCCUCCUUCCUACCUAGGGGACAAGGUUUCCUCAUAUGGUGGCUACCUCGCCUACCAAAUCAAGUCCUUUGGACUACCUGGUGACAUGGUUCUUCUGGAAAAGAAGCCGGACGUGCAGCUCACCGGUCAGCACAUGUCCAUCAUCUACGAGGAGUCAACUCACCCCCGGCCAGACCGGCUGCAUCACGUGCGAGUGCAGGUGGUGGAGGGGAACUUCAGACACGCCAGCAGCGGUGCCCCCGUGUCUCGGAAAGAGCUGAUGACGGUGCUGUCUAGACUGCAGGGUGUGCAUCUCCGGGGCCUCUACUUCACAGAGACGCAGCGGCUCACCCUGAGCGGGGUGGGGCUGGAGGAGGCCUCGGAAACAGGAAGUGGACGUCGAGCACAGAGCGUGGAGAUGUGUGCCUGCCCCCCUGACUACACAGGUGACUCAUGUCAGGGUUGUAGCCCUGGAUACUAUCGGGAUAACAAAGGCUUAUAUACCGGACGGUGUGUUCCCUGCAGUUGCAACGGACAUUCCAAUCGCUGCCAGGACGGCUCAGGAAUAUGCAUUAACUGCCAGCAUAACACUGCAGGGGACCACUGCCAGCGCUGCAAAGAGGGUUACUAUGGGAAUGCCGCCCACGGAUCCUGUAGUGCCUGCCCCUGUCCUCAUUCAAACAGUUUUGCCACCGGCUGUGUUGUGACUGGGGGAAAUGUGAAGUGCUCCUGCAAACCUGGAUACACAGGAACACAAUGCGAAAGGUGUGCACCGGGAUAUUUUGGAAAUCCCCAGAAAUUUGGAGGCAGCUGCCAACCAUGCAAUUGUAACAACGGCCAUUUGGGCAGUUGCGACCCCCUGACGGGAGACUGCAUAAACCAAGAACCCAAAGAUGCUGGGCCUGGAGAAGAAUGUGAUGAUUGUGACAGCUGUGUGGUGACACUCUUGAAUGACCUGGCCGCCAUGGACGAUGAGCUCCGCCUGGUCAAGUCUCAGCUGCAGGGCCUGAGUGCCAGCGCAGGGAGCCUGGAGCAGAUGAGGCACUUGGAGACCCAGACCAAGGAUCUGAGGAACCAGUUGCUCAGCUAUCGAGCCACCAUUUCAAAUCAUAAAUCAAAAAUGGAUGGGCUGGAAAAAGAACUGAGUAACUUGAAUCACGAAUUUGAAACUUUGCAAGAAAAGGUUCAAAUAAAUUCCAGAAAAGCUCAAACAUUAUAUAACAAUGUUGAUCGGACAACCCAAAGCGCCAAAGAGCUGGACACGAAGGUUAAAAAUGUCAUCCGGAAUGUGCACAUUCUUGUGAAGCAGAUCUCCGGGACAGAAGGAGAAGGCAACUACUUGCCUUCGGGUGAUUUUUCCAGGGAGCUGGCUGAAGCGGAGCGCAUGAUGAGGGAACUGAGGAACCGCAACUUUGGGAAGAUCCUGAGGGAAGCAGAAGCUGAAAGAAGACAGGCUCAGCUCCUGCUGAACCGGAUAAGGAGCUGGCUGGAAAACCACCAGGUGGAGAACAAUGGACUUGUUAAGAAUAUACGAGAUUCUUUAAAUGAAUACGAAGCCAAACUCAGUGACCUCCGUGCCACUCUACAGGAGGCCAGCACCCAAGCAAAGCAGGCUGCCGGCCUCAACCAAGAAAACGAGAGGGCUUUGGAAUCCAUCAAGAGGCAAGUUAAAGAAAUGAAUUCCCUCCAGAGUGGCUUCACCAAGCACCUAGCCACUGCAGACUCUUCCUUACAGCAAACUAAUACUGCCUUGGAGCUGAUGAGGAAAAGCCAUGAGGAAUAUGAAACACUAGCUGUCACUUUAAAUGAAGCAAGACACGAGCUAAGUGAAAAAGUGAGAGAACUUUCCAAGUCAGCCAGCAAAGCAUCCCUGGUGGAGGAGGCAGAGAAACAUGCGCAGUCUUUACAGGAGCUAGCAAAGCAGCUGGAGGAGAUCAAGAGGAACACCAGUGGCGAUGAGCUGGUGCGCUGUGCCGUGGACGCUGCCACUGCAUACGAGAACAUCCUCAACGCCAUCAAGGCGGCUGAGGAUGCAGCUGACAAGGCCACCAGUGCGUCCGAGGCUGCCCUCCAGACGGUGAUAAAGGAAGAUCUUCCAAGAAAAGCUAAAACUCUGAGUUCCAACAGCGAUAAACUGUUAAAUGAAGCCAAGAUAACACAGAAGAAGCUACAGCAAGAAAUCAGUCCAGCUCUCAACAACCUGCAGCAAACUCUGAAAAUUAUGACUGUUCAGAAAGGGCUGAUAGACACCAAUCUCACGACCAUCCGCAAUGACCUUCGUGGGAUACAGAGAGAUGACAUCGAUGGUAUAAUCAGUAGUGCAAAGAGCGUGGUCAGAAAUGCCAAUGACAUCACAAAUGAGGUUCUAGACGGGCUCAACCCCAUUCAGACAGACGUGGAAAGAAUUAAGGAUACCUAUGGGAGCACACAGAGCGAAGACUUCAACAAGGCUCUCACUGAUGCAGAUAAUUCAGUAAAGAAAUUAACCAACAAACUGCCAGAUCUUUUGAGCAAGAUUGAAAGUAUCAACCAACAGCUGUUGCCCCUCGGCAACAUCUCUGACAACGUGGACCGCAUACGGGAGUUAAUUCAGCAGGCCAGAGAUGCUGCAAAUAAGGUCACCAUCCCCAUGAGGUUCAAUGGUAAAUCUGGAGUCGAAGUGCGGCUGCCAAACGACCUGGAGGAUUUGAAAGGAUACACAUCUCUUUCUUUGUUUCUCCAAAGACCUGAAUCGACAGAAAGUGGGGGGACUGAGAAUAUGUUUGUGAUGUACCUCGGAAAUAAAGAUGCCUCCAGGGACUACAUCGGCAUGGCAGUCGUAGAUGGCCAGCUCACAUGUGUCUACAACCUGGGAGAGCGCGAGGCUGAACUCCAAGUGGACCAGACCUUGACCAGGAGCGAAACUCAAGAGGCAGUUAUGGACCGGGUGAAAUUCCAGAGAAUUUAUCAGUUCGCAAGGCUUAAUUACACCCGAAAAGCCACAUCCAGUAAACCAGAAACACCUCAAUUCCAUGACAUGGAUAGCGGAAAUAGCAACACGCUCCUAGAUUUGGAUCCUGAAAAUGUUGUAUUUUAUGUUGGAGGUUACCCGUCUGAUUUUAGACUUCCCAGUAGACUGAGAUUCCCUCCCUACAAAGGUUGUAUUGAGUUAGAUGAUCUCAAUGAAAAUGUUCUGAGCUUGUACAACUUCAAAAAGACUUUUAAUCUCAACACAACAGAAGUGGAACCUUGCAGAAGGAGAAAGGAAGAAUCAGACAAAAAUUAUUUUGAAGGUACAGGCUAUGCUCGCGUUCCGACUCAACCAAAUGCUCCCUUCCCAACCUUUGUACAGACGAUUCAGACCACCGUGGAUAGAGGUUUGCUGUUCUUUGCAGAAAACCAGGAUCACUUCAUAUCUCUAAAUAUAGAAGACGGCCGUCUCAUGGUGCGAUACAAACUGAACUCAGAGCAACCACAAGAGAAAGGAAUGAGAGACAUCAUAAACGACGGGAAAGAUCACUUGAUUCAGAUCAAAAUUGGAAAAGUCCAAAAUGUUAUGCGGAUAAACGUGGAUUUUCAAAGCAUUAAAAUCGAUGGUGAUAUAUUUGAUUUCAGCACAUAUUAUCUGGGAGGAAUUCCGAUUUCAAUCAGGGAAAGGUUUAACAUUUCUACACCUGCUUUCCGAGGCUGCAUGAAAAACCUGAAGAAGACCACUGGUGUUGUUAGAUUGAAUGAUACCGUGGGUGUAACAAAAAAGUGCUCAGAAGACUGGAAGCUCGUGCGAUCUGCCUCAUUCUCCAGGGGAGGACAGUUGAGCUUCACCAAUUUGGACUUCCCGUCGCCCAGCCACUUCCAGGCCUCCUUUGGGUUUCAGACCUUUCAACCCAGUGGCAUCUUAUUAAAUCAUCAGAUAGGGGCAAGCAGUCUGCAGGUCACCCUGGAAGAUGGCCACGUUGAACUGAGCACCAGGGACAGCAGCAGCCCCAUUUUCACGUCCCCACAGACGUACGUGGAUGGCUUACUGCAUUACGUGUCUGUAAUAAGCGACAACUCUGGGCUCCGGCUCCUCAUUGAUGACCAGCCUCUGAAAAAUAACCAAAGGCUGCGAGGCCUUUCAGAUUCCCAACAACUCCUGCGUCUGGGCGGGAGCCUUUUUGAGGGCUGCAUCAGCAAUGUUUUGAUCCAGAGAUUACCAGAGAGUCCGGAAGUCCUAGAUUUGGCCAAUAAAUCCAGCAAGAGAGAUGUGUCCCUAGGAGGCUGCAGUUUAAACAGACCACCUUUUCUAAUGUUACUUAAAGGGUCUACAAGGUUUAACAAAGCCAAGACUUUUAAUAUCCAUCAGCCAUUGCGUGACACACCAGCCGCCUCCCCAAGGAGCGUGAAGGUGUGGGGAGAUGCCCAGUCUUGCCCACCACGUCCCAGGGCCCAGGCCAGCCACAGAGCCCUCAGGUUUGGGGACAGUCCCACCAGCCACUUGCUAUUCAUGCUUCCCCAGGAGUUGCUGAAACGCAGGUCACAGUUUGCCGUGGACGUGCAGACGACGGCGUCCAGAGGGCUUGUGUUUUACGCGGGCACUAAGAACUCCUUUAUGGCUCUUUACCUUUCAAAAGGACGUCUGGUCUUUGCACUGGGGGUGAAAGGGAAGAAACUGAAGCUCAAAAGCAGAGAGAAGUGCAGUGACGGGAAGUGGCACACGGUGGUAUUUGGGCAAGAUGGAGAAAAGGGGCGCUUGGUUGUGGAUGGUCUGAGGGCCCGGGAGGGAAGUUUGCCCAGAAAUUCCACCGUCAGCCUCAGAGCAUCAGUUUACCUGGGAUCGCCUCCAUCAGGGAAGCCGAAGAGUCUCCCCCAAAACAGCUUUGUGGGGUGCCUGAGGAACUUUCAGUUGGAUUUGAAACCCCUGGAGACCCCUUCUGCAAGCUUUGGGGUGUCUCCCUGCUUGGGUGGCUCUUUGGAGAAAGGCAUCUAUUUCUCCCAAGAAGGAGGUCAUGUCGUCCUAGCUAACUCUGUGCUGCUGGGGCCAGAAUUUAAGCUUGUUUUCAGCAUUCGCCCGAGAAGUCUCACUGGAAUCCUAAUUCACGUGGGAAGUCAGCCCGGGGAGCACUUAUGUGUUUAUAUGGAGGCAGGAAAGGUCACGGCCUCUGUGGGCAGUGAGGCAGGUGGGAUCCUGACAUCGGUCACACCAAAGCAGUCUCUGUGUGACGGACAAUGGCACUCGGUGACAGUCACCAUAAAACAGCACAUCCUGCACCUGAAACUGGACGCAGAUGAUAGCUACACCGCCGGACAGCACCCCUUCCCACCUGCCCACACGCUGGAGCUUCUGCACAUUGGAGGUGUCCCAGAGAAUUUGAAAACCCUGAAGCUUCCCGUGUGGAAAUCCUUUUUUGGCUGCCUGAAGAAUAUUCAAGUCAACCACAUUCCUGUCCCUGUCACUGAAGCUGCGGAAGUCCAGGGGACUGUCAGUCUGAAUGGCUGUCCUGACCACUAACUCAAACCUAUCACAUGGCAACAAAGUUCACCUCCAGAAGCACUGCUUACCCAACGGCCCUCCUCUGACCCUCUCAAGGUCGUUCUUGACUUAAGACACCAUCGGAUAGGUUUAUUAGCAAAUCUCAUUUUUAAUUCCAACCACACAUACCCAUCAUUUUGGCAUUCAGUGCUACAUAAAAAUCCCGUUUCUUAAAGAGUAUGAACAAAUCGUUACAUGCUUCUGGUAAUGUCAUUUUCCACUAAAUGUUCAAUGCCUUUUAAAGAACAUUAUUUUCCACUUGUUAAAAAUAAAUAAAUAUCUUUCAAAGCACUUUAAAAAUACAAAACCGUUACAUGUGUUAAGAUGUUAUAAUUUAUGGGGUUAAAUAAAUUCAGUGUACUCUUUAAAUUAUGAUGUUUUAUUAGCAUAAAACGAUUGGCUUGAUGGUCAUUUUUAAUUGUAUUAAUUCUUCAGCACCUGUUCAGUGUGCUACAGUUUUCUACAAAUAAUUACCAAGCACAUACUGAUGAGGUACUGUGUGUGCUCAGUGUUGGAUCUACAGUCAGGUAUGAGGAGUAAUUACUGCCUUGAAGGAAUAUGCAGUCCAAACGGGGAGAUACACAAUAUUCAUAAAAUAGUAAGUAACAAACUGAAUUCAUGAACCUGUAACUCCGCCUGGCUUCCCACGUACAGUCUGCUCUAAACCAAGUCUAGAUUAUGAUUAUCAAUUCCUUGAGGGCAAAACUGUCUAGUAGAGGAGCUGAGAUGAAUGUACUGUGCAUAUAAUUAAAGUUUUGCAUGAGAAGCUAACAGAUGUCAAUGGGAAAUAGGAAUCUAGUUUUAUCUACAAAACAAUGGACCAUGUACUAGACCAAUAUUAUUACCCAGCACCACUCUCACUAACGAAGAAGGCUAUGCAGGCAUUUCUGUAUCUCCUCCAUAGUGUUUGCCCAUCAGGAUUAAAAUAAUUCUAAAAUUUGGGUAUAGUGAUCCUAUGUGGUAUCCUGCAGCCACCUGCCCUCCACCUCUGAAACUGAGGCACAUUCCCUUCAACCCAGUGCUCUGUCGUGACCCUCACACUGCAGUCCCGUGGGCAUGCUUUCUACUCACCAUACCUAUGCAAACAGGAGACAUUU